CUUGGUUUCACUCUCAUCUUCAACAUUGCUGGGCAGGAAUAGGAGGAGUUAGACACACUUUCGUAGACGUAGUGGAGCAGCAAAACGAAAUCGGAAUACCUUGAUGUAUUUGCAGCUGUGUAUUUGUACUAUUUUUUUCGGCUGAUUAUUUAUAUUUAAGUUUAAGAGCAACAGUAGGAUAAGUAGUUGACACGCUGGAAGCAUUGGGCGGAACUUCAGCGCAUACUUUGGAAAGCUGUUUUUAUCGUCUUUUAAGUGAGAAGUUGCAAAGCGAAAAAGUAGAAGUCCGAUAACAAUAAACACAAAAUUAGAACCAGACCGAGGCGCAAUUCUGUCCAAGAUUCUGAAGUAACAGCAGAAUACUUUCGAGCAGCUGCGCUAUAGCCGUCCAUGUAAAAACCUUCUAUUACUUAGGACAAGAAAAUGGUGUUGCCGGGUCCCCAGCUUCCGGGUGUCGGAGCUGCCUCUUCUGUUGGUCAUCAGAAGAAUGUUUCCGCGCCACAGGAACCCGAAAGUGAAGAAAUAGAGGAGGAAGUGGAUGAGAUUCCACAUAUACUGCAGAGAACACUGCAAGGUCACUCGGGUCCGAUCUACGGUCUCACCUUGAACAAGACGAAGAACUACCUCCUGUCAGCGUCAGGCGACCGAUCAGUUCGGCUCUGGAAUCCGCGAAGUGGACUGUGCAUUGCCCGAUACGACGACAUUCACCGGGAAGAAGUGGGCGCAGUCGCGGUAGCAGAAGACUCGACGCGCUUUUACACGGCUGGAAGCGACAAAUUCGCUUGCUGUGUCGAUGUAACCACGAAGGAUGUGGUCAGAAAAUUUCACGGCCAUGAAAAACGACUCUCCUGUUGCGAACUCAUGGCAGAAGGCUCACAGAUUUUGGUCACGGGGAGUCAAGACGGGACUGUAAGAAUAUGGGACGCGAGGUUCGGCGGGGGCGCUGCGAAGUCAAAAGGUAGCGGAAAACAGAGCGGGGGCAAGGCAGUUUCUAGCAACUGUAUCCAGCUUCUAGCCGAUGCCAAGGACGCCAUCAAUGAUGUCUGCGUGGUUGACGGACGCGAGAACGGCGCAUCUGGCGAGAGCCUGACUGGGCCAGUGGAAAUUGUCACAGCCUCAAUGGACGGAAGAUUACGUCGCUACGAUGUGCGCAAAGGUCUCGUGACCGUCGAUCCACUUGGCGACCCCCUGUCCUCUGUGAACUACAGUAGCGACGGCAACUGCCUUCUCGUCAGCGGUCUGUACCACAGGAUUUUCUUGCUAGAAAAAGACUCCGGGGAACUCCUACAGCGCUAUGAGGGCCAUAAAAACUGCGAUUUCAAGAUCCACAGCUGUCUGGAUCCAACAGACGCGUAUGUUUUUUCUGGCAGUGAAGACGGAAAAGUGUAUGUGUGGGAACUGGUGGAAGGAGAAUGCAAGCUGCGUAUCAUCCCAGAUAACGACAUCAUGCGAAAGAAUAACAUGCUCUCACUUGCUUUCCGAGACGAGAAAACCCUCUUGUGCGGAGGCAGUGACGGAAAAAUUCGCGUCUUCGGCAACAAGUGAACGCCGAAUAAGGUUCGAAAUAUGAUGAUGACGCACAUUUCUCGAGGUGAACUGGCAAUCCCGAUCUUCCCUGAAUCCCUAAAUUUUUGGCUUCUUUUGAACCCACUCCCAAGAGACAAACCACGCAUAAUUUAUGAACUACAUGAUGGUCAAUGCGCAUGCGCUUCAACAUAGAAAUAUGCGGCGAACAUGAAAAUUUGUCGCUGUGUUAUUCGUCCUGCUAUCAUCGAUACCUUUCCAAAUCAAAUCUAAGAUGAACGAAUCUUCACAAAACUACACAUGAUGUUUUCGUGCCGGAAGUGGCCGUCUCGUGGUUUCAAAAAUUGCUCUGAGAUGAACGAGGAAUAAGAAUGAAUGUGAAUCCGAACAAGGUGUCUGCU